AGGUGCUGGACUUCUCGCGAAGAGGAGGAGGGUGAUUCGGCUGAGCGGCGGGAAUCCGGUCCUACUGCCUUGGCUGUUUGAUUGGCGAACCAGCUCGCAGAGAACGGUGAGCUGGGGCAGUAGAGGUCGCUCCUGCCCGCUUGGAGGGAAAGAGGCUUUUUGAAGGCCGCUGGUGGGGGACUUGACCGCUGAUCGUCGGCCAGGAUGGUGGUUUUCUCAAAAGAAUAUGGCUAUGUGAUUUUAACUGGUGCUGCCAGCUUUGUCUUGAUAACACACCUUGCAGUAAAUGUAGGGAAAGCACGCAAGAAAUAUCAUGUGGAGUAUCCAACCAUGUACAGUACAGACCCUGAAAAUGGGCAUAUCUUUAACUGUAUCCAGAGGGCACACCAGAACACCUUGGAAACAUAUCCCUCCUUCCUGUUCUUUCUUGGAAUCAGUGGGAUCUAUUACCCGCGUGUUGCUACAGGACUUGGUAUAGCAUGGAUAAUUGGAAGAAUACUGUAUGCUUAUGGCUAUUACACAGGAGAUCCUAAUAAGAGAAAUCGUGGAGUCCUUGGUUCCAUUGCACAUCUUUGUUUGGCAGGGAUCACUGUUUACUCAGCUUUCCAGCAUCUUGGCUGGAUCUGCAGAGCCUAGGCAGCAUCCAUUCUGGUGACAUCCUGAGAUGUCUUUAAAUGUAUUUCACAUGUAAUUUUUAUCAUUACUUUAAAAAAAAUAAAAACAAGUGAAUCAC